CCUCGCUCUCUCCACCCCAGGACCCCCGCCGCCUCCCUCCCUCGCUCUCUCCACCCCAGGCCCGGGCUAUGGGCCGCUCGUACGGAGGCCGGGUGCUGGCCGCGAUGGCCCUGCUGGGCAUCCCAGCCGCCGUGCUGGUCGCGCUGGCUGCGCAGCUGUUGUUCCAGCUCCAGGCGGGGCGCGCCGAGCUGAGGGGUGAGCACACCGCCGGGCUGCACCCCGAGCUGGACCCCGACGCUGGGCUACCCGAAGCUGCGGCUGGGGCAUUGCUGCCGCUGGCGACUGCGCUGGCUGCGCUGACGCAGGUCCUCGGGCUCGGCUGCCUGCUGCUCGCCGCGCUCUGCGGACACCUGGGCGCCGAGCUGGCUCGUGGGCCGGGGCCGGGCAGGUCCGACUGGUUUCUGUACGACUGCCGCCUCCUCAGGCACUCCGCGCUCGGCCUGUUCUGCUGUGGGGUCUCCGUCUACUUAGCAGCACUGGCCAUGUAUGUCCUGCUGCUCUUCGAGAUUGAGGCAGGUGCAGCGGCUGCAUCGGUCCUGGGUUCAGGUGCCCUGAUCCUGGUGGCGGUGAUGACUCACACCCUGCUCAGGGCUGUUCGGGCCACUCGCCGGGGUCUCCAUGAACUGCCUCCACCGUCCUUUGAAGAUGAGCCGACCCGGCCUCCAGAAGACUCCAAAGCUGGCAGCGGGGCUCAGCCCCAGCAGGGUACCCAUCGCCAGACCCUCUCUGCCCCCUCCCAGGAGCCUGGGGACCCCCCUGGGCUCAUGGCCACUGAUAUCGCAUCCACAGUCCUGGGGAGAGCCAGUGAAGUCAGUCUGCCUGCUUUCCAGCGGCCUCAGACACAAUUGGCUGACAGGGGCCACUGGGACAGGGUCACUCAGGAGAUGCAUAGCAUGCUGGGCCGCAAACCGCUGGACAUGGGAACGGAUGCUACGCCGGUGUGAGCUGGCAGUUGGGGCAGUCAGGAUGAUGACACACAGAGAUACUACUGCAUCUGCUACUGUAGCCAUGGUGGCCUCAUGAUGCAAAACAGUUGCCACUGCUCCAGCCUUUGCCUCCUUGCUAAGAGGGAUACCGAGGCCAGGGGUGGGUCUUUGAGACCUUUUCUUGCAUCCCGCUGGGCAGACCCUGAUGCAGGGGAGUCGGGUUCUUUUGUAAUGGGGGGAGGGUUGGGUUUAGGCUCUGACUCUCAGAGGUUCUCCAUCCAUUUCACAGAUGAGGAAACGGAGGCCUCGGCAGGGGCUGUGACUCACCAGGGUUCCCAUUUCUGAGCACCCGAACCUGGACUUGCACCCAGGUCCAGUUGCCCCACCCCCUGUUCCUGGAAGAAGGCUCCGUCUUAGACCUGCACUCCGGGGACUCCCUGGGGAGCGGUGGACAUUGGAGCUCUCAUGGGUGGGGGGCGCUCGGGGUGGCUGGGGUCUCCUGUGGGCUCAAGGCUGAGUGGUCUCGUUGCUGUGCCUCGCUUUCCUCCGAAGCUGCACACAGUAGGCCCUCAGUACUUAUUAGUCACGUGUCUUAGCUGUUUGAUAGCAGCCACUUAAGGAAAACAAGGGCCUGCGCUGGCUCAGGUUCCAUGUUUAAACUCC